CAACCCCACACAAGGAUCCUGGGCGUCGUCGCGGCCGCAGACAUCCGGAUUACAUUUCUAUCAAUCCCCGACCGUACUCCAUCGCGACCAUCAAUUAAUCUGCACCCAACCCCGUCAUCUCCACACCCAGAUGCCUCUCAUUUCGCAACGAGGUCAUUCUGCCUGAGAGGUGCCUCGAAGGCAUCGCAACGCUCAAUUCGCCGGUUGAGGAGGACCCUUUCCACCGGACAGAGUCCAAGCCCCGGCCUGUCGUGUUGCGAGUCGCGAAAAUGGCGCCGGUCCUGCCCGCCGCUGCCGGUCCUGCCAACCCGACAACUCAACAACCAGCGGCGGCCAAGAUUAAACGUCCUCCGCCACCGGGCAUUCAGACCAACGGCGUCAGCCAACCGAAUCCUUCGCCAUCACCCUCGCUACCGACCAAACGGGCGCCCUCCCUGGCACGUCAGACUCCGGGCGCCCGACCCCCAAGUGGUUCCGGAGUGCGCCGCGAUGCUCCCCCCGGGGCAUUGGCAUCCGGCCAAAAUGCCGCCGGCAGCAUAGGGUCGCUGUCGGCAGGCCUGGCGGCUGGCUUUGAGGUCAUUCCGAAAAAGGAACCGAUCCCUUAUGUCAAGUCAGCCGAGUACAUCCUCCGCAAGUUUCGCGGUAAUCCGCCGUCGUUGAUCGUCCACUUGCACCCGACGCACUUUCGCUUCGAUAACCAAGACGGCAUGUUUCCAUACAAAUCCCCCAUGAAGAUAUUUCUAGAACACGUCAGGGCAAGGACGGUACCACACGAUCUUUUGCGAGAACUUGUCGAGGGUGAUGUACCAUUCUACGAAGGAUGCCUCAUUGUGCAGAUUCACGACCACAAGUCCGUCGCCAUGGUUGCAAACUCGAAAGACGUCGCCCGUCCGGCAUCAAACACAACCACUGUCGGGUCAACAAUACACAACCCAAACCCCUACAUCACUCCAUCGCCUUUUGCGCCAUUUCCUCAAGACAAUGCGGGCUCCAAUGACAAGGCAAAUGUCGCAGGUGAAGCCAAGGGCAAGGCCAAGGAGGAGGAAGAUGGAGCCGAUAAGGAAAAUUCACCAGCUGCCAAUGGCCUGUCCGAAGCGCCAAAAAGCAAACCGCCGCCAAAAGCCAUCAUCCGCACUGUAGUACUCCACCCUACAGAGCAAUCGAGGCACAUGGACAUGGCCAUCAAAGCCGCAACGGGUCGGAGUGCUGGGCAAGACGCCGCCGGCGCAAUACCCCCUCCUACGCCGUCGCUGGCCGUACCGCCUACGCCGACAGGCACCAGUGCACCACCUCCGCCCAAGAAAAUAAAACUCGAACGCCUUGAGAUCGAUGGGUCGAACAAGUACGAGAUCGAAGCCGCUAUCCUUCUCGCCAUUACCCCCGAUUUGGAUCUCACCCCGACUCGAAAUGCCGAGGAGACUAUCCUCAAGUUGGAGUCGCAGGCGCACCCGGAUCAUUCUCACCCCCCACCACAACCAAAGUCACGGAAGAGGACAGUGGCCGAGAUGGAGGCAGCCGAGGCCGCCGCGGCGGACGAGGAACGGUACAUGCUGUCUUGCGACGAGCGGCAUGCCGGCGGCAACCAAGGUGCGAACGGCAGUGGCGACGGCGAUGCUCAGGGCACAGCAGCCGCCUUCGAGCCGAGGUUCGAGCGCUUCAAGCUCAUCGCGGAUAUUAGGCAAGAUCUUGCCGAGAAGCAGGCCCUCGAAAACGCGAAGAAGGCGGAAGCCGAGCGCAAAGCUCAGCUCAAAAAGCAGCAGGAGAUGGCCGAGGCUGCGGCGGCUCAGGCGCAACAACAAGCCGCUUUUGCCCAGGCGCAGGCGCAGGCUCAAGCUCAGGCACAAGCUGCCCAGCAACAAGCACAGCAGCAGGCUCAACAACAAGCACAGGAGAGGAUGCGGAGGGAGCAAGCUCAGCGCGACCAACAAAAGCAACAAGCACAACAACAGCAACAGCAGGCACAACAACAGUCGCUACAAGCUCGACAAGAAGCCCAACGGCGGCAACAAGCUCAAGCUCAAGCUCAAGCCCAAGCCCAAGCCCAGGCGCAUGCUCAAGCUCAAAGUCAGGCUGGGUCACCACCAAAUACUGCCGGUAUGCAGCUUCCGCAUGGGCAUCCUUCUUCGCAGAACGUGCCAGUCACAGGCCCACAUACAAACGGGGUGCCAAACGGUAUUCAAGGGCAAGCUCGGUUUGUUUCCCAGCCGCCCGUAUCAUCACCCAUCAUCAGGAACGGUACACCACAGAACAUGUCCUCACCCAUGGUCAACAACGUCUCGGUGCCAAUGCAAGCCUCCAACUCGAAUAUGGGCUCCGCUAUGGGCAGUCCGGCGCGUCCGCCAUCCGUGGUCCAGACUCAUCCACCAAUGGCGGCUGCUAUGACUGCCAGUAUGUCUGCUAGGGGCAGUCAGCAAAGCCAUCCCUCGAACACACCGAGGAUGCCUAACGCAACGCCCAACAUGGCGCAUGCGACACCCAACCAGCGGCCUCAGGGCAUGAUGCAGACCCCUCGCAUGACACAAGCCACUCCACCCCCAGGUGCCAUGGCUGGCGGGCAGAUGUCUAUGCAGCAGGCUCAGGCCAUGGCCAUGAACGGUCAGCUGGCUCAGCUGCAGGCACAGAACCCCCAGCUUGCGGCACAGAUAAUGGCAGCCAACCAACAGAACCAGUUCCUACAGCGCCAGCAGGCAGCGGCGCAACAGAACGGUAUGAUGGGCAGGGGACAGAUGACCCCGCAACAGCUCCAACAGUUCAUGAUGGCACAACAAAACAACCCUGCCGUGUUCCAGCAGUACGCGCAACAGGUUGGUGAUUUGAGGCACGCCCAACAAUUACAACAACUUCGGCAGAUGCAGGCUGCCGGCAUGAUGCCAGCACAGAUCCAACAACAGCAGCAGCAGCUGUUGAUGCAGCAAAACAUGAUGAACCUUAACAAUAUGCCACCCCAACAGCUGGCGGCUAUGCAGCAACGUAUGGCGCAAGUGCAGCAGCAGCAGCGCAUACAACAGCAGGCGCAACAGCAAGCCGCACAGGCGCAAGCCCAACAGCAGCAGGCACAGCAGCAAGGGCACAUGCAAAUGGGCGGAAUGAACCAGGGUGGAGGCCAUAUGGCGCCGCAGAUGGGUAACCCGUCCGAGGCGCAACUUUUGAGCCAAGUCAAUCUCCACUCGCAAGCAAUCUACCGGAAGAUGCUUCCAUCGCUGAUUAGCAAACACGGCGGCUCUCUGGAAGCGGUGCCACCAGACCAGCUGCAGAGCUUCAAGAAUUCCUGCAUUACCAUGGCGAGGCAGGCUGUCUCGCAGCAGAUGCGGAAUAGACAGCAGCAGGCGAUGCAGCAACAGCAACAGCAUUCCAUGAUGGGAGCACAACAAGUUGCGAUGCAGCAGCAACAGCAGCAGCAGCAGCAGAACAUGGGUGGAAUGAUGCAUCAGGGAAUGUAAUGCCGCUUGCUUGAUUGCUUUGCACCUGUGGUUCGCUCAUGGGAAGCAUGCACAGCGGGAACAUGUCAUGAAGUCGGACUGCCAACGCCUGUGCCUACUUCGUACGAUACAGCGACUCUACAAUCGGGAAUUGAAUCCCGUUUUUUCUUCUACCCACAGAAAUUCUGCAUUUCUUUUGCAUAUAUACUACGCCCCCUGCUUGUAAUCCUCCUUCAUGUGUUUGAUUUUUUUUGGGUUGUUUUGGGAAGUGUACAGAUUCCGGUUUUAUACCCCUGGGGGCCUCGAGGGAAAAAUCAACGGUGGUUUUUUUGUGGUCUGCUUCUUUUCUCUUUGAGGGAUUCCUCACUAUUUGUGACCCCCUUUUCUCCCGUUUUUGUUUUCUUUCUUUACAGAGCGUGUUUGUUGCAUUUGCGUCUGUCUCUACACGAUGGGAAAAGAAAACCCGAAUGGUGUCCCGGGCUCGGUCUGAUCAUUUUGAGAGUAUUUCUUUUUAUUUGACAUUGGGCGGUUUUCUCACGCUUGAAGACCAGCCUUCCUUUUCUUCUCGUCUCUUUGACCUCAUCUCUUCUUGUCUGUCGAGGGAUUCGCGAGUGAAAGGUGGAGUCGGUGGUAUUUCUUGGUGUAUUGUUAAUGAGUUUGUUAGUUUGAGGAAUGGAAAUACAGAACAGACUUUAAAUCCAGUCAAGUAGCUAAGUAAUCAAGAAACAUAUCGAGUCCA